UUUUUUUCCUUUUAUCGCUUCCGAAGGUUUUCGAGAGAGAGAGUUUUUGGCCAAUACCCCAAAAAACUCCAUAUUCUGCAUUUUGUCGAUGUACUUUUUUGCUUAUUAUUUAAGGCUUCCUUUCUAUUUUUGCAUUCCUCUAUUGCUUUAUAAUCGUAAACAAAACCAACUUCUAAGUUUUCACUUAUUAUUUUCGCUUACUAGCUUACUGCUUUAUUCUCUUCUUUUUUGUGUUUUUAAAGUAAAAUAAAAAUAAGAAAAGGAAAAAAUUAAAAUUCUAAGAUAAAAUUCUAAAAUGUACAUAUAUAUUUAAUUAUAUAUGAUAUUGAGGUUUUUUGGGGAGGUGAUGUGGUAAAAAAAGGACUUUCGAUCAAGAUAGAAACUUUUACCAUAAUAUAGAAGAAUUGGGAGAGAAAAUCAUUUACAGGCAACUUUUGAUAUUAAAUUAUUAAGUUUCUUGUUUUGCUUAACCAUAUUAAGGUUUGAUAAAAUGAAGUGAUAUCUUCCUUUCCUAAUUUAAUCAGAAAAUUCUUAAUUUCUUUUUUUAUUUUCUUCUCAGCAACCCUAUCCCUCCUCCCUCCCCCCUUCGAGACUGGCUUGAAAAACAAACAAACAUCUCUUUUUUGUACUUUUUUUUUCACAUAUGUUCUCCCUCUCCCCUCCAUUCUUCUA